AUGGCAAAUGAAGUGGACUUCAAGGUGUCAGCUAAUUGCUGCGAAGGAUGCAAGAGGAAAGUCAAGAAGGCUUUAAGAAACCUUGAAGGUGUUUUGAGCAUAGACAUAGACCCCAUGGAGCCCAAAAUAACAGUAUUAGGAAACGUGAAUCCACACAUUUUGAUUAAAAAGCUUCACAAGGUCGGAAAGCGAGCCGUACUGUGGAGCUAUGAGGAAGUUGAAGAAGAAACAACAAAACAGGACACAAUGUGGGAACAAGAGAAACAGCCUCAUCCAUGUGACAUUAAAAUUGAGAAAACUAAGGAUGUCACAAGAAAGAAAAAAACUUCAAAAGAAGACAAGAAGAUGAGUUACAAUUCUUGUAGUACUCAAGAAAUGAAGAAAGAAGAACAUUAUGUGCCUCAUCAAGAAGGGAAUUUCAUGGUUCAUGGUCAUCCUAGCAUGAUGAACCCAUAUUAUAGUAACAGCAUCAAAACUCAUCCUCAGUGUUGUUACAUUGCUCAGCCUUGUGCAGUUGCAGUACCCUAUUAUGCAAUUCCUUCUUCAUAUUCAGCUCCUCCUCAAGCUUGUGUUGAAGACCACAUUCCAAGAUUUUUUCAGCCUCCAUUCUUGAGACCAACAGAGCGAGUAGGGGACUAUUUCAGUGAUGAAAACACCAUGGGAUGCCUUGUCAUGUGA